AUGAGUGAUCAUGCAGAAGAAAACUGCAAGAAGAGCAGUUGUGCCCAGGAAAUGUCUGCAGAAGGAAAUGUCUUUCCUGCUAAGGACUGCUCAAUAACUGAAAAACAAUUGCAACAACUUGAGAAACAAUUAAAAUGCCUAGCCUUUCAAAAUCCAGGACCUCAGGUAGCUGACUUCAAUCCUGAAACUAGAGAGCAGAAAAAGAAAGCGUGCAUGUCACAGAUGAAAGAAAAAUUUUUUCCUAAGCCCAAAAUUACAAAGAAAUAUGACAAAUACGGCAGGCUGCUUUGUAAUAACAUCGAUUUGUGUGAUUGCCUGGAAAAGAACUGCUUGGGUUGCUUCUAUCCUUGUCCUAAAUGUAAUUCAAACAAAUGUGGCCCAGAAUGUCGCUGCAAUAGGAAGUGGGUUUAUGAUACAAUUGAGACUGAAGCUGGGAAUGUAAUCACUGCAUUGCCAUUUUUUGUCCCUGACUGA